AUGUCGUCCCCGACCGCCCCGGUCCCGCGCGUGGAGACCGCGUCGACGAUCGGGACGUGCGAUGUGAGUAACGUGGCGUGCGUGAACACGGAUGUGGCGGAUGCGGAAGUCUUGAGCGCGUUCGCGGUGUACGUCGCGCUGUCGUCCCUGGUGUUGGUGCUCUUCGGUGCGCUGCGAGAUAAAGUGCCGAUAUACACCGGGCGAACGCUGCUGCGGUCGUUACGGAGCUCGGGAAGCGCGCCGGAGAUGCGGCGGAUGGACGGCGCGCGCGGCGGCGGCGCGCCGGCCGAUGAGGAGGUGGUGAACACCGCGGGAUUAGAUGCGUUGGUGUUUUUGAGAAUCACGCAGUUCGGCACGCAGUUGUUCGCGCCGAUGGCGGUGAUCGGGGCGUUCGCGCUCGUGCCGGCGCACCUGUCGCGGUCGUUUUACACGUCGACGCUCACGACGAGCGGGGCGGGGGGGAAGCUGGACGACGAGAAGCAUGUAUUGAUGCGAAUGACGAUCGCAAACUUAGAGAAGAGGUCUGAACUCGCGUGGUUGCACGUGUGCGUGUUCUGGGUGUUCACGGCGUACACGCUGUGGCUGCUCGAUCGACACUAUCAAUCGUAUGAAUUCUUGCGACAAGUGUACGGCACGACGACGGGCGAGAGUAAUCCGUGGCGAGCCGUGCACAUUCCCCAGACCGUGUUUCAGAAGCUCCUACGGCAAGGGAUGGACACGAAUCUCGAGUUCGCGACCGAGAUGAGUCGCGACGCGCAUACGACGACGACGACAUCCACCGAGACGGGAUCGAGAGCGCCGCCGUCGCGGCCUAGACGCACCAGCGUGAUCGGUAUGCCGAGCUUCAUGCGUCGAGUGAUGGAUGAUCGCGCCAGUAACAAUGCUCGCGCGAAAGCUAACACGUCUCAAGACGUCACGCAUCUCCAAGCAUCCGGAGAGGAAGGGAGGAUCGACGACAUCGAUUGGCACGUCUUAUUGGAGGUCCUCAGCGGUCCGAGUCGUGAUACGGCCAGUGUGCGAGAGCUGUCAAACGAACAAAAAGUAGAACGAUUUAGGAGAGCGUCUGUGAGCUCCAGCAUGCGUGCACCGCAGGCGCAGCCAUCGAGAGGAUAUCACUCUCACCUCGGCCCGCUGACGUCUGCCAUCUCAGCGCCGUCGCAGCAGUUGACGAGUCUCGCCGAAGAUGCGACUUCGUCGCGUCGAUCGACGGGGAUCGAUCGUCAAUUAUCGAUGCCUGGGAGUUCCCGUGACAUUGGGGACUCGCCCCGCUCUAUGUCGGAGAUUUCGAUGGCGAGUAUGAACGACUCUGAUCCCGGUCCUUCGUCGCUGAGAGGUGAUUUUGCCGGCGCUUCAACAAUGCAAAACAUCGAUAAUGUUGCCAUCGAUGAUGUUGCGAUCAAGCAUAAGUGGUGGAAAGGAUUAGAUAUAGCAGAAGAGGUAUGGGGCGAAGAAUUGAAGACGAUGAUGGCCAGAAAUCGUCGAGACAACGUCGAUUCAAGCGAGACUAUGAAUCGACCAAACAGAAUCGAUAUCGCGGCAGACUUGGAGAGUGGAAAAGACGGUAACGAUUCGUACGAACACGACCCAGCGCCGGUACCUUCCAUAGAUGAUCGACGUUAUAUCGCUGCAAUCGCACUAGAGGAAGAAGAUGGUGUCAAGAGGGAAGUCAUCGUGAGUGUUCUGAUUCAAAACUAUUGCGUGUUGAUGACAGACGUCGGUGGUGGACGAGAGAGUGCAGAUUCGUGGCAGGAUAUCCGAGGGAUAGAAAAAUUCUUCAAGGGGAUGUUCCCAGAUGAGUUCCUUAUGGUAAUCCCUUUACAAGACUAUCGCGUCGUGGAUGACCUACUGAUGGAGCACGACAGACUUGUGAACCAAAUAGAGAAACUCGGCAUGCCAAGAGUUCAGCAUCGUCGGCGGCGACGAGGACUAUCCGUCAUAGAUGAGAUUAAUUCUCUGCGUAAGAGGCUCGCUACAAUCGAGCAUCUAGUUGUACGCGAGCGCUCCAAUAUACGAUCCGCGAAACCCGGACCAAGCUGCAUCGUGGCUUUCAAGAGUCAAUACGCCACUGCGAUCGCUGCACAGUGUCGCAUCACAUCGCGCCAGCGCGAUCUCUUCAGCAUACAACCAGCCCCUGGGCCUGACAACAUUAACUGGCAAUCAGUAUUGCUUCGAAGACAUGAGCGUAAAUUCCGCGCGGUGGUCAUAUUUCCACUGAUUCUCGCCGUCAUCCUGAUCCCAACCGGCAUGUUUGCGGGAAUUCUUUCGAGCUUGUGUGUUGCAAACCAGUUCGGCGCCAAACAGAGUAGCAAUCUAAAUUGGUACUGUACGAACGAUUCAGCAAAGUAUCUGCGUGUUGUCGUUCAAGGGAUUCUACCUCCGAUACUACUGACCGUUUGGGAGACGUUUGUCGUGUCGUUCGGGAUGAUGUAUCUUGUGCAAGCGCAGAGCAAGUACUCGAGUCUGAGUAGAACCGACGAGUCGUUCGCGAAAUACUACUUCCUGUGGGCCUUCCUGAACGUUUUCUUUGGAACAGUGUCUGGAUUUGCGAUACAACGAUACGUGCACGCACUCAAUACGGAGGGAGUCGACGCCAUGUUUGAACUCGUUGGGACAUCAUUGCCGCUCACGAGCAACUUUUUCUUGCUCUGGCUCGUGUUCAGAGGAGUAUAUCUUCCGACGCAGCGUUUAAUAUUUCCUCACGCAGGCGUCUUGUGCAUGAUCAUCAAUCGUUGGUGUUGCUGCUUGGGAUGCAGUGUCACCUCGCGAGACCGGGCAAUCAAGUACUCGCCGAGGUCUAUACGACUUGGUCGCGAGGUUGGCGUGUUUGCCAUGGUCAUGAUGAUCGGUCUUGUGUUCUCCACUGUCGCCCCUAUCAUCACCGUGGUAGCCACAUUCUUUUACGUCUUCAAUUUCAUCAUCUGGAGAUACCACGUCAUGUUCGUGUAUGAGCGUUCGUACGAGUCGGGAGGGAUGAUGUGGAACACGUUUUGCACGUUGACGAUUUACUCUUUGAUGAUAGCUCAGUUCUUCCUCAGCUUUGUGCUUCUAUCAAAGGAAGCGUACGCGGCCGCACUGGCUCUCUGGAUCACCAUCUUACCCGUGCUCAGUAGGUCGAUGUACAAGUUUCGAAAUCUCGCCACGGAGCUCAGAUGGUCCGUUCCAUUGCCGCUGGCGGCGUCAGCCCCGAAGGCUGCCUUCAACGCUGAGGCGUACAUCCAUCCCGCGCUUCAGCGCAACUCGAUGGGUUGGCAUCCGGAAUUUGGAAAAGUCUGGCGAGGCUAUCCCAACGUCACCGUGAAGGAAACGAGAAUAUUUCGUAGAUAG